UCUCUCAUUGGUCAACUACUCCGAGCGCGUUCCGACCCGGUCUUACCCGAUGAGAUUAUGAAUUUGUAUCACAACUCUCAGGCAAUUGGAACGUCAGCAAAUAUAAAAGAUCUGCAAACCGUUCUUUCAUGCAUCGCGAAGUUUUCCAAAAAGACCUUUAUUAUUUUAGAUGCCUUGGACGAAUUCCCCAAGGAGACACGGGGAGUGUCCUAUCCUGGAUUGGCGAGCUUAGGGCGAAUCAUAAUGCGGAAUCCUUGUCCAUUCUCGUCACUAGCCGUCCCGAGGCGGAUAUAGUGGGAUCCUUAGAACCACUCGCCACUUUUGCAAUAUCCCUGCAAUCCGAAAUUGUUGAUGCAGAUAUCCGCACAUAUAUACAGAACUCCUUAGACGGCAAGGAUGGCUUCAAGAAAUUUACGAAGGAAAUUAGAUGUGAGAUAGAGGACACACUCGUUGCUCGUGCGCAAGGAAUGUAUGUUAUACUCAAUUUUCCAAUCUUCAACUCAGACUGAUACAAGGUUGGAUAUGUGAAGGUUCCGAUGGGUAGAUUGCCUUUUACGAAUUCUCCGGGAAUGCAUAACGCCAAAGGCUGUUAGAGCUGCCUUGAAGGAACUACCGAAAAACUUAGAUUCUGUCUACUUAAGGAUCCUUGACAGCAUUCAUGAAACGCAGAGGGAAUACAUUCAGCGUGCGAUGCAUUGGCUUGCGUUUUCGGCUAAACCAUUGACCUUAGGUCAACUUGCGGAGGCAGUUGUGAUCGAAUACGAUGUCAACAAGUAUGGCGAGGAUCCAGAAACUCUUUUUGAGAUACAGUCCCUCAUGAGCAUUUGUCCAAGUCUUAUUUCCUUCGAAGAUGCGAGGGACGAUCAAUCCUCCCCCCAGGAAACCCGGCUAUUACGACUGGCGCAUUUUUCGGUAAAGGAAUAUCUGAUCUCCGACAGGGCAGCUCAGGGCCCCAGUGCCUACUACCAUAUUUCGGCGGAUAAAGCCAAUUUACUGAUGAGCCAUGCUUGCCUUAGUCGGAUAUUACGACAUGGUGCUCAUGUUGCUAUAUCCUCAGACGAAAUCCAAGUGACGCCAUUUCUCCGUCAUAGUGCUCGUUAUUGGUUCAUAUAUAUUAAAGCUAUCGAGAAUAUAGCACCCGCACCACUCUCUGACGCUUCUCUGAAAGUCCUGGAGCUGGGCCAAAGGUGGCUGGAUAUAUAUAACCCCGAUGACCGUGACUGGAAUAGGCCGCUUUGUUCCGGAGUUUACCCACCAGCGAUCUACUAUUCUUCAUUGUUAAGUUUGGUGGUGGCCUGUAAAUGGCUAGUCAACAGAAACGAGCACGCAGUAAACGUGGACGCUCAGGGUGGCUGUCAUGGCAAUGCACUACAAGCAGCUGCACUUCGGGGAUGUGAACCUGUUGUGCAGCUUCUCAUCGAGCAUGGGGCAGAUGUGAAUGCUCAGGGUGGCUAUUAUGGUAAUACACUACAAGCAGCUGCAUCGAGGGGGAACGAGUCGGUUGUGCAGCUUCUUCUCGAGCACGGGGCAAAGGUGAAUGCUCAGGGUGGGCAUCAUGGCAAUGCCCUACAAGCAGCUGAAUGGUGGGAGGCCGAUUCGGUUACGCAACUUCUGCUGAAAUAUGGGGCAGAGAGGAAUGUUUGAUUGUGGCCUAUGCACUGCAGAAGGAGUAGUGUAGGUAGUCAUGAGAUUGCCUAUAGUUCAAUUACUUGAAAAAAAACAGUUUACUAAA